UGGGAGAAAAGAGAGACCGGGAAAGGCUCGAAGGCAAUCCGGGACUGAAGAAAAAGGCUCUUCUCCUAUAGCGGAGGGGAGGGAGCUGUCCCCGGCCUCUGGUGCUGAAACGUCCUUCCGCUGUGGAAGAAUGUUCGAGGAACACUGAACACUCAAGAAACUUUUGUUGGCUUCUGUUGUCAACAAGGAGCAAGCGGGAGGUGGUCAAAAGGCUACCCUUUAGCACGUUACGGCCUGCAGGUCUGAAUCUGAACUCACCAAUUUGUUCCCAUCUAGAACCCUCAAUUCCACGUGCAAAAGGUCAAGGGAUGACCAAACUCUACAGCAAGUCCAAAGAAAUGGCCGAGCUCAUAUCAUCUCAACCAUGGAUAGAUGAAGCCCUAAGCUCCCAAGAUGAGAUGAAGGAAGAAGAUAGCAGACAAGCCUCCUAUGGGAUACUUGCUGGACUUAAUGAAGAGCAUGACAGUAUUGAGGAGGAGGAGGAGGAGGAGGAGGAAGAUGGUGGGAAGCCAAAGAGAAGGGGCCCAAAGAAGAAGAAGAUGACCAAGGCAAGAAUUGAGAGGUUCAGGGCCCGCCGGGUGAAGGCUAAUGCCCGGGAGCGAACACGGAUGCAUGGGCUCAAUGAUGCUCUGGAUAACCUUAGGCAGGUGAUGCCCUGCUACUCCAAGACACAGAAGUUGUCCAAAAUUGAGACACUCAGACUUGCCAGGAACUAUAUAUGGGCUUUGUCAGAGGUCCUGGAAAGUGGGCAGACUCCGGAAGGGAAAGGUUUUGUUGAGAUGCUAUGUAAAGGUUUGUCCCAACCAACCAGCAACUUGGUGGCUGGAUGCCUGCAGCUGGGACCUCAAACCCUGUUCUUGGAGAAACAUGAGGAGAAAAGCCCUGUCUCUGACUCAGGUGUGCCCAGCCACAGUUUUUCUUACCAGUCUCCUGGGCUGCCCAGUCCACCCUACGGAAACAUGGAGGCCCACCUUGUACACCUAAAGCCUCCCACAUUCAAAAGUCUUGUGGAUCCGUCCUUUGGCAACCACCACCAAGACUGCACAUCUCCAGCAUAUGAGGGCCCCUUGACACCUCCCCUGAGCAUCAGUGGAAAUUUCUCCCUAAAGCAAGAUGGUUCUCCAGACCUGGAAAAAUCAUACAGCUUCAUGACCCACUACCCAUCUGUUAGCUUGAGCAGCACUCAUGGGCACAGCUCUCAUUUCUCAACCACAGUGCCCAGGUAUGACAUCCCCAUAGAUAUGAGCUAUGACUCCUAUCCUCAUCAUGUGGUUGGGGCCCAGCUCAAUGCAAUAUUCAGUGAAUAACCCAAGAAG